AUCCAACGGAUUCAUCAUAAUCAAAUACGAGGAACAUCUUUCAUACACAAACCCAACUGACAAAACUUGAUCCCUGAGUUGAGUAAACCUUAGUUUACGGUAAUAGUUCAUACAUAUAUUAUAUACUAUAUGUCAUCUUGAUCAUCUUGUAGAAGAUCAAGAAAAUUAAUGGCAGGCAAGAAAGCAGCGUUGCAGUGUUUGUUCAACAGAGGUAUUAACAGGAGCAAGGGGAUUAUUACACGUGGUUUUUCUGGCAGCCCAGAAGGCUUACCAGCUUCUUCCUCUUCUUCUCACCAUCUCAUCACUUUAGAAUCUCAGCGCAGUGCCCACAACUACCAUCCUAUUCCGGUUGUAUUUUCUCAAGCAAAGGGAUCAUCUAUUUGGGAUCCUGAAGGAAACAAGUAUCUUGAUUUUCUCUCUGCUUACUCAGCAGUUAAUCAAGGACAUUGUCAUCCUAAAAUAAUGAAAGCACUAGUAGAACAAGCAGAAAAGCUCACCCUCAGCUCUAGAGCCUUUUAUAAUGAUCAAUUUCCAGUAUUUGCGGAGACCCUAACUAGCAUGUUUGGAUAUGACAUGGUGCUACCAAUGAACACAGGUGCUGAAGGUGUAGAAACAGCUUUAAAAUUAGCAAGGAAAUGGGGAUAUCAGAAGAAAAAGAUUCCUAAAGAUAAGGCUAUCAUUGUGUCAUGUUGUGGUUGCUUCCAUGGGCGAACAUUGGCAGCUGUAUCAAUGAGCUGUGACAACGAGGCAACCCGUGAGUUUUGGCCUCUGUUACCUGGGCAACUAAAAGUUGACUUUGGAGAUAUAGUUUCACUUGAGAAAGUAUUUAAAGAAAAAGGAGAUCAGAUUGCAGGAUUUCUAUUUGAACCCAUUCAAGGAGAGGCCGGGGUUAUAAUUCCUCCAGAUGGGUACCUUAAAUCUGUCAGAGAUCUAUGCUCAAGAUAUAAUAUUUUAAUGAUCGCAGAUGAGAUACAAAGUGGUAUUGCUCGGUCAGGAAGAAUGCUGGCUUGUGACUGGGAAGAAGUUCGGCCUGAUGUUGUAAUACUUGGAAAAGCAUUAGGGGGAGGAGUGAUACCUGUAAGUGCAGUUCUAGCGGACAAAGAUGUUAUGCUCUGCAUACAGCCUGGAGAGCAUGGAAGCACAUUUGGAGGAAAUCCUUUAGCAAGUGCUGUUGCCAUUGCAUCAUUGGAGGUCGUCAGGGAUGAAGGACUUGUCGAAAGAUCUGCUCAAAUGGGUGAACUGCUUAGGCAGCAAUUGUUGAAGAUCUGGCAGCAGUAUCCUGACCUUAUUAAGGAAGUUCGUGGAAAAGGUUUAUUUAACGCUGUAGAGCUUAAAAGCAAAGCUUUAUCUCCCAUCACUGCUUAUGAUAUAUGUCUGAAACUGAAGGAGAGAGGAAUUCUUGCAAAGCCUACUCAUGAUUCAAUUAUUCGUUUGACACCCCCUCUCUGCAUGAGCCCGGAAGAGCUUCAGGAAGGCUCAAAGGCUUUGCAGGAUGUUUUGGAACAUGAUCUACCAAAGAUGCUGCGAGAGAAACCAAAAACAGUCUCCCAUAUAACUCCUAGUACAUGUGACCGUUGUGGACGUGACUUGUAUGGCGCUUCAUGAAUAUGUUUGAAUUACUAUUCUUCUUUGCUUUGUAUACCCGAUCUGAUAAUGUAUGGUACACAAGACCCAUGUCUCUCAAGUAUUAAUAAUAAAAUGUUGAUACUAUCUA